CAUAACUGUCAAGAGGUUUUGUGCAUGUUUCGGCCAGCAGAGGAAUCCGCUUGCUCUAGUCUAGUGUUUGCUUUAGGCGCUCACAGUAGUAGUUGUCGCACUAGGCUAGCCUGCAGACUGACAAAUUCAGUUGAGACCGGGGCCGAGCGUCAGAUAUAGAAUCCAAGAGAAAGAGAGGAGGCUGGAGACGGGAGACGGAUUGAGAACCGUACUUGUCAAGUUCUGAACUGACGGUGGGACGGGAACUUCUAAGGCGCCGCACAUGAGCUCUACAACGAUUCAGAGGAGUGCGGAAAGUGGCCUGUAUUGAGGCUACAAAGAAAGCAUGGAACAGGGGGAGCUGAGAAAUUAUCUUGGAUCAUCACCAGACACAGACAAUGUGGCGCAUGUAGAGUGUUGUGCUUUGGCGCCCUCGUGUUGCGACCAAAGGUACAGCACAGGGUAUGCUGAUUGGGAGGUCACGUCGUCAUGCCAGGAUAUCAACAGGAAGCAUCAUCAGAGGUUCCGAACCAUUGAGCGGCAACUCCAGUACCUGCUGGAUAAGGCGGAUGAGUAUCAGGCACACCUUUUAUACAGGCAUGACAACCUGCAGAAGGAACACUUUGCUCACGUGGUGCCUACUUUCCUGAGGACUUGUCAGCCCUACUUCACUUACCUGGAGUCGACCGCUCGCAGCUCCCUGCCCCAGAGCACGCCUCUACCCAUGUACAUCCGCUCACGAUUUUUAGACUUCUCCCAGCAGCUCUGUGAGAGGCUGGAGCAGCUGGUCUUGACCUAUGCCUCCUUUGACUUUCUCUCACUGGAAGAGACUGAUCCGGCAAGUGUCUCCCAUUUCUACAUUGGCAAGUGUCAGAUAGACAGUGUGGGGCUGUCCAUAUACAGGUACUGUCGUCUAGCCCCUUACCUGGCUGGGGUCCACACUGGCCUGUACAAACGCAUGCGCUGGAAUGUGGAGAGACCCAGAGAGAGCCUGCAGCAGGAAACGGAUGGCGAGAUGGAGGGACAUCCAGAGGAGGACAUGCCAGUGGCAGGGAAAGAGAGAGCCACCAACACAGAGUACUACUUCCUGUGCUACGAGGACGUCCCUGAGGAGCCUGCUGAGGGGGGCGAUGGAGAGGGAAAAGGGGAGACUGUUGCUAUGGGCAAUAUGGUCAAGAUGUGGACAAUCGGUCAGUGGAUCCAAACGUAUCCUGACCCCGUGAGGGACGACAUCUACGACUGGGUGCUAUGCUGGGUUCCACAGGCUAGAUACCACAGGCUGUUGUGGCUGGGAGAAGAGGAGCCCUCUGCUUGCAACGCUACUGACUGCCUGCUGGGGGUGUUGUUUUCUCAACAGACCCCAGUGGAAGGCCCCAGUCGUGAAACAGAGACGAGCCCCUGUUCUAGUACUGCCUUUGGCCAAAACAUGUUCUCAAUGAUUUAAAGGAUUUAACAGGACUUAUUGUUAGCUUUACAUUGUGUUAUGUUUGGCUAAUAUUUUCAAAUCUAAGUAACUAUUGGGAAGGACUUUAAGGACUGGACACUGACAAAGCUCUGGUUGCUACUAGCCAGUCAUCCAUGACAAAUAUUUUCCUUAUAGUUCCUUACGUAUUGUGUAAAAACAAAUAUAAUUUAUAAAGACAGCGGGUUUUAUUACCAGUUCCCUACCAGCUAGUGAUAGAUUUGAACUGUAUCUGAUGUUGUCUAUUCAUAUUCAAGGUUUUAUUGAGCGUGUGUUACUGUAUUCUGUGGUUGUUGGAAAUCAUUUUGUAUGAUCAGAAUAAAACUAUUGACCUGCCA